AUGGCGGGUAAAAGGUGGCAGCAGCAGAGACAAGAGAUCAGGAACAAAGGAGUAAAGAUCAUCGGAUUUCAAGUGAGAUCGGCUACGAGUGCUGCAGGCGCGGGCUCAACGAAUAAUCUGCUGCAGUAUUCAACUCGCGCAUGUUGGCAGAGCUAUGUGAGCCCAACGGAAACGCUCAUUUUGGCGCUAGAAACAAAAGCAUUGUUAUCAGAAAUACAAAUUUUGAAUAAGAACGCAUGUACGGUCAGUGUGAGCGUGGCAGUACAAAAUAAACAACGAUCCUACAUUCAUGUGACGCGAAUGGAAAAUUUGCCACAUAACCGGGAGGUACGUGUCUUGAUGCCCUUCUUUCCCUGUAAUUUUGUUCGACUACAUUUUGAACAGAAGGCACUACCUUAUAUUGCUGUGUAUGCAAUUCAGCCUCUUGGCAUUUCUAGUGAUGAUAUCGAAGCUGAGUGUGGUCCAGCUCUCUGCACGAUACUAAAUCAGACAACUGAGAACCUUUUAUUCGGCUCCUCUUUACGUGCAAGCCAGUCUUUUAUGGACUGUCUUAGCGCCCAUUAUUCCGGUUCUCCCGAGUGGAUGGCGAGUCGACGUAAAUAUCUUCUGGACGAAAGAAUUGCGCGCUUGGAAGCUGCAUUAUUUGACUAG